GAUUGAUUUCCGAAAGCGUGUGUGACGACGUCGUCAUCGUCGUCGUCGUCGGGAGCGGGGCUCCCCGUUGAGUAAAUCGAAAGCAUGCCGCUGCUCAAGAAGAAGCCUUUUCAAAGGCUGCACGUCUCCUCGGACUUUCGAGAGGACGACGAGGUCUUUCACUGCGCGGUCACCAAUGAAAUCUUCAAGGACUACAAUGAGUUUUGCGAGAGAAUCAUCUUGUGCAAUUCGAUGAUAUGGUCGUGCAGCAUAACAGGCAAGUCUGGAAUGACUUACGAGGAAGCCUUACAAUGUGAAGAGCACGCAAAAGAAAGCCUUAAGGAGUUUCCAAUGGAGCUGCGGAUUCCGAUUCUUUACUUGGCCAGCAAGACAUCCAGAACUUCGUUUGGAGAAAUGAUUGAGGACGUUUACCAGUAUGCCAGAGAGCGAUACUUCAUUGGGGAAAUGGUUGAAGCUAGCUUCACAGAGGAUUCUUGGUGUGAAUGCCAUGUUUUGCAAGUAAUCGAGCCUAAUGAAGCUCAGGUCAAUGCAUACAAUGCAGAAAAUACCAAAAGUCCUCAAGAUAGACAGUAUCAACCUCCUGCCAAACUGUUUCGGUAUGAAGUAGAGCAGCUUGACUGUGGUGACGCAGAUGUUAGCCAACUCAUGAUAGUGGAGGCAUCACAAGUUCGUAGGAGGAAACAGCAAUACAGCAGAGAGCGCAAUAAGAUCUUCCUCAGAAUGCUUUGUGAACAGAAUAGUGCUGGAGUAUGGGUUGUAAAGGAAAGUGUACUACAAAAGUACGGAAUCACCAAGACUCGUUUUGAUUCUUUGUUUGCUGGACCUCUACCCGAUUUCACCCCCAAACCAAGAAAAGUAGUCAAGCAGAAGCAAGAAUCUUUGGACAAGUUUCUUAUUUCUGAUGUAUCUAAGCACAGAGCCUUCAAUAAACCAGAUCCUCUAAAGAAAAUCAAUGAUUCUGGUAUGGUCAUGAAAAAAUAUAAGAAACCCAGGCUUAAUGGUAAAUUUAAAGAAGAAUUGAAAGCAAAAGCUUUGGAAGAAAAAGCAAAACGACAAGAAGAGCGUCUAGAAAAGAAGGAACGCAAAAAGGAAGAAAAAACGAAGCAAGCUGCUUUAGCAGCUUAUGUCAGAAAAUGGAAUAAACCCAGAGAAGAUCUGGAGUGUGAAGAUCUUAAACCUCUUCCUGAAGCAACUCCCCUAAAAAGUGACUUGCUUAACGAGAAUUUUGGCGAUUUUGCCAUGAUACUGGAGUUUUUGGAAUUUUUCCAUGAUGAGCUUGAAGUCAAAACUUGGUUCUCAAGUGGCUGCACCCUUGAAAUUUUGGAAAAGGCAAUGGUUGAAAAAGAAACCACUGGUACAUUUAAUGAUCUUGUACAGUUACUUCUCGCCAACAUUUUUAAGCACCAAGCAGAAGAAGAAGAUGAAAUUCAUGCAGAAUCAUCAGAAACAGUUACUGACAGUAAUACUGAUCAAAGGGUAUCUUCUAUGGCUGAUGCUGUUAAGUUAGCUACAAUGGCGUCGAGUUGGUGUCAAACUCACCAAGGAUGUCAAUUAUCAGAACUUGCAUUAGAUUAUUAUUCAGUGAGUGAAAUUUUGAGACAGCACCUUUUGAGUUCUGGUGGUCGUAUAAGUGAAGCAGCCUCCAAGUGGAGAUACUCUCAGAGAGGUGGCUAUACAAAUCAAGAUGAUCCUGCACUUUUGCUGAGAAUUGAAAAACCACGAAUUCUGCGGGCCCUUAGUCAUCGUAAUAUGUGUGAAUUUGAUUUAAAAGAUCGCUUAACUGUAGUGAUUUGCUUAAUGAAUCAACUACUGACAUUUGCCUCUAUAAGAGAUGUUAUUGAUGAAAGGUACGAAAAGUUAUUCCAAGCAAAGAAAGAAUUAAAAUCUUUUAUUAUUGCUGAACAAAAGAAAGAAAAAGAAGAAAGAGAAAAACUAAAAGAAAAAGAAAAAGAAGGCAAAGUAGAGGAAGAAGAUCCUGAGCCUAAGAAAAUAACACGAAAUAACUGCAAAGAAGAAAAAAAAAAGGAAGAGUAUGAAGCAAAAUUAAAAGAGUUGCAACUAGCAUCAAGGGAUGAUCAAAUGAUGGUACUGUUAGGUACAGACAGAGCAUUCAGAAAAUAUUGGCGUUUACUAUCUAUACCAGGUGUAUUUGUGGAAAACGUUGAUUUGUGGUCGGGCACAUGUUUACCAGAGGGUACUCCGUAUAUGCCAGAACUUUCAGAUACCAGUACACUAUAUUCCUACUUGAAAAAUUUAUUUGAAGACGAAUGUAGCGAUAAGGAGAACAGCUUUAAGAAAAAUAAGUCCCCUAAAAAAGUUAGUUUUUCCGAUAAAAAUGGAGUUAAAACUCCUCGUAAAGAUGUUAAGAAAGAUGUUCGUAAAAGCUUGAUGGCUUGUACUGGUAGCAAAGAGUGUCCAGUGCAUGUAAAUAGACCUGGUCCCAAGUGGAGUUUUUAUGGCAACGAACAAGAUAUUGAUACAUUAAUAAAUGCACUCAGUGAGAGGGGAAUUCGUGAAUCAGAACUUAGAAAUAAUCUUAUCCGCGAAAAAGAUAGUUUGAUAUCAGUUAUAAAUAAUUGUCCAAAACACAAAUUGAAUCCAGAAGUUUUUACUGAAGCAGUAAAAGAUACAUCCAAAGGCACGAAAAAAAGUAAAGCUGACAAUACUCACAGUAAUUAUCCUUCUGACAUGGAAAUAGAUGAUGUAUUGGAACAAACAUUACGCGAUUAUCUUUUGGACUUGGAGGAGAAGAUUAAGUUGGGUUGUUUGGGCUCGUUAAAAGUCAAUAGUCGUGAAUCGUGGAGAAAUGCUAUUAACACUCGCAAGUACGAUAAACAGUGCGACAAAUUGGUGUACGGUUUAAAUGAAACUCCAGUUGAUUCCUCGGCCAACACUUCGGUGGAUAAAAUCAAAACAGAAACCAAGAGUAGUAGGUCUGGCACCCCUGAUUCCGACGCAGGUAAUUCUCAUACAAAAGUUUACCGUGAUCCAGGAAUAUAUUUGGGUCCGCCAGAAAAAGGUGAAUCUGUACCAGAUUCUACGCAACAAACGGCAAUCAAACAAAUGGCGUGCGCUAUACUACAAGUAUAUCAUGCUGUUGAACACAAGUACCUGAAAAAGCCACUAGGCAUCGAUGAUAAAGAUAAAAAAUGGUCUAGUGAAGAAGCCAGAGACAGAUGGGAACAUUCGCUUAUGGCAUCAACGAGUUGGUCUCAACUUUUUGUACAUUUGAAUACCUUGGACAAUAGUAUUGCUUGGAGUAGAAGUGCACUCAAUGCACAAUGUCGCAUCUGUCGAAAACGACGAGAUGCCGAAAAUAUGCUGCUUUGUGAUGGAUGUAAUAAGGGCCAUCAUCUUUACUGCUUGAAACCCAAGUUGACCUCUGUACCAGCUGGUGAUUGGUUCUGUCAUCUCUGUAAACCCAGGGAAACCAAAGCAAAAGAAAAAGCGAAAAAGAGGAGAAAAUUCGAAGACGAAAUCGAAGAAGAUACAACGCUUACAAAAGAAACUCGACAUAACCGAGCAAAACGAGUUGUGGAGAGUGACGAGGAUGCUGAAGCUGAUAGUGAUGAAAAUCAAGAUGAGGAAAUGGAACAUGAAACGACACAACUUUGUUCAGUUUGUGAGAGUGAUGGAAAACUUAUAGAAUGCGAUAUGUGUUCUAAAUUUUUCCACACUGAUUGUCUAGAACCUCCAUUGGCAAGGGCACCUCGAGGCCGAUGGUCCUGUAAUACUUGUAAAUCUCGGAAAAGUAAUCCCAGGCCAGGUCGUGAAAAGGAUAAAGAGACAGAAAGAUCAUCCGCAGCAAUGGCACGUUCUCGCAUCCACGGCUUCGCCAAGAGCCUUCUUAGUAAAGAAUCUAAAGACUGGGAUGACAGUAGUGCUUCAGAAGAAACUGAACAACCAAGGCAAACAAGGAGGGCGGCCAAGAGAGCAGCUGAAAUCGAGCACGAAGAAGAAAUAAAGCAUACUGUCAAAGGAUGUAAACAUUUGCUAACACAACUUCUAGCUGAAAUCAAGAAAAAUAAGGAUUCUUGGCCUUUCAUGGCACCUGUAACAAAAGACGAGGUUCCCGACUACCAUGACUAUAUAUCUCAUCCAAUGGAUUUUGGCACUAUCAAGACCAAGUUCGAAAAUGAUGAAUAUCGCACUCUCCAAGAAUUCUACAGCGAUUGCUUAUUGGUCUUUGAUAAUUGCCAAACGUAUAACACAGAACACAGCGAGGUGUAUAAUUACGUUUUCAGGGCUGGCAUGAGGCUAAUGAAAUUUUUCGAGAAGAAGUGUAAAGAUCUUAAUCUCAAUUACAAUGAAGAUGCCGUUCGACAACCACAGGUCAAAAUACAAAAAGUUCAAAGAAAUGGUGAUCAAAAUGGAUUGGAGCACAGUGAUGAAGAUGAUGAUGAUGAUAAUGAUUCGAACGAUAGUUAGAAUAAGAUUUAUAUCUGAUCGUGUAAUAUUUAUACAGCGACUUGCCUUCCUUGAAAUCUUGAAUUAAAAUAAGUUUCUGUUGCAAAUCGUGUGAAUUAUAACGCAGCAAAUCAUCGGCAUAGUCGAUUGUUUAUUGACAAGACAAACUCUUGGAGUUAAUCUUGCAGCAAAAAUUAUUUUAGUUUGAACAAAUUAUAAAAGUUCAUAAAUCGUUAAAAGUACAAGGGCUUGACUGAUCGGUAGAGAUUAUUAUUAUUGAAAACUGAUUAAGUCUGUAUCAAAACGCUAUUUUUAAUGUUUAGAUAGUUUUGCACAAGUUUGAUUCGUAAAAUUUCUCAUUGGGCCUAGCUGAGAUAAGUAUUAUUCAAUGAAACUCAGAUUUCUCAGCAAAUAGCUUUGCUAUUAAAUGAACCAGUGUGGGAGACUUAAUUUAUGACAUCCCACUUUAAGUAACCAAUUUAGCACUUCUACACUUAUUGGUCCAUAAUAUUGUUAUAUGAUCCACUUGAUUCAUAAAUUAUUAUUUAUUCAAUUAACUAUAGAUUUACACCUUAGAGUAGAUCAGAGAAAAUAUUUCAUAUACCAAUUGUCGUCUUAAUAACAAAUUUUUAAAUCUCUUCACGAGUUGGGUACGUGAGCUCGUGUAGGCUAAGAUUUUAGAUUAUAUUUUAUUUAAAAAACUUUAAAUUUUUUAAAACUAAAUCCAGAACUAUUCGUACAGAAUCUUAUUAACUGGAUGUUUUUAGAUUUUUGAUUCUUUUUCAAAUUGUUAUUAUAGUAGCAGUACUUAGUUUGCCAUAAUGCAAGAUCUACUUGAUCAUUUCCAAGUUUGUUGAGAUAAACCUUGGGCUGGACCUACCCAAAUUUUAAGAAAAAUUUGGACAUUGAGCAUUAUCUUGUACAGCACAAUUAAGAUCAUUUGUAAUGGAUGUACGUUUUAUACAAUUAAUUUGGUAAUAAACACCUUCAAAAUCAA